AUGGAGAUAUGCCUCUCUGCAGCAAUUACAUACCUGAUGGUCUUGAAAUUAGAACCCUGGGAUAUGUUGCACAUCCGGGAGCAAGAUGAAAAAGCUGUGACAAUAGGAGCAACGGGGUGGAAGCUAGAACUCCUCCUCGACGAGAUGAAAAGCUCCAUAUUCGGGUGCGCAUUUCUUCUCGACCACGGAGGGUAUUUUUGGUGCAUGGUUUAUCACACACUGCGGCAUUGGAGGAAUUCAGAGUGGAAGCCACUAUCCGGAAUCGAAGGCCUUCGAGUUGGCAGCAAAACUCAAAAAGGACGACUGCCUAUAUGCCCUGUCGUCUAUGGCAAUACUUCCGCUUUGGUUCCAUUCACUGUGCUGGAGAUGACGACACCUGGUCGAACAAUGAUUUGGCAGGCUGAGCAUCCGGAUAGCCAGUACACGCUACGAGUCAAGGUCCAAUUACUACGCCAAAUUUGUAAAGCAGCUUUGAUUGGAAAUUGGAAGUAUUUCCGGCGCCUGAUCCUCAGCAUCGCCAUUUGUGGGUCUCGACUGUUGUUGGUUGUCAUUGUCAUGACCCAGGGUCUGGUAAAUACUGUUUCGGAACGGAUGUCUAGGAACUCUUUCGAGCCACUUGAGUGA